AUGGAUCCCUCCAUAUUUUUGCAAUACUCACCCCCAAAUGGACUGCCACAGGAAUCCAAGUUGGCUACAUAUAUGAACCGUUCCACAUCAACUCCCACAAGAACUUUAAAUCAAGCUUUAGGUAAGCUUAGCCUGGAGUCUUCUCCAACUGCUAUUAAAAAGGUACUAUUAAGUGAAUUUGUUCCUGUGAACUACUUCAGUCCAACAAAUAUACUUCCCGAGUCACCAGAAAGCUCCCCUCCAUCCACUUUGGCUGGUAUACCCACUAAUACACAAGUGCAUCAGGAAAAUGUAGGUGGUACAACUUAUUUUUAUUCUACCAACGAUAGUCUCAACACUUCUGGUGCCCUAAACUCAUCAGCUUCAAUAGGUGGUUCGGAGUCAUGCCUCGGGGGAAGUGUGGGCCCGGGCACUGCUUCGGCAUACGCAUCACAAAUGUACUCCGGUACACCAACUCACAUGGGUCCAAUGGCCUCCAAGCCGGGACUCGCCGCAACAUUCUAUAUGCCAGAAACAAUAAGAGCGGAAAUAUACCAGAGGAACGAAGAUGUUUUUCUACACGCUGAUCUUCGUCAAUUUCCAGACCUUCCAGAGAACGUUGAGAUGUACUCCGAGCUGACACCCCUUGAAGGCAUAGCACCCCAUUCCAUGUCCUCGUCGUUUCGAGUGGUGCAUCGUCAGACCGGGGAGCAUUAUGCUCUACGCCGACUCCACGCAUACGCGUCGGUAGCUUCCAAACGUAUCGACAUGUGGAAGCAAAUCGAUCAUCCUAAUGUUAUCCGACUACUUGAGUGCUUCACUACGAAGGCAUUUGGAGACCAUUCCAUGGUACUGGUGUAUGAGUAUCAUCCUGCCUGUGUGACCCUCAUGAACAAAUAUCUGUCUGGCACUGGCAAUGGCAACGCGUCUGACUCCAACGGUGCCUUUCACGACCCAUUCUCCUCAGAUCCAGAUGCACCACGUCCAUACACUCAUCAGAAAAACGCUAUGCUGCGUGCUGUAGCCUGUGGAGCUCUUCUACCUGAAGCGGUACUCUGGAGCCUUCUCGUUCAGCUGACUGCAGCCUUACGGGCCAUACACACCGCCGGUCUUGCUUGCAGGACUUUAGACCCAACCAAAGUGGUGAUGAAUGGGUGUCGAGUACGCAUCGCUUGGUGUGGAACAGCGGACAUCGUGCACCCUAAUACGAACGAUGUUGCACAGGCGCAACAAGACGACUUAACAGCGCUGGGUCGUUUGGCGCUCGCCCUUGCUUGUCGCACCAUACACUGCGACAACCUGGCUGCCUCUAUGGAACUAGUUGCCAGAACUUACUCCGCGGAUCUUAAAAAUCUUAUACUGUACUUGUUGUCAACAUCAACCGCUCGUCGCUCCGUAACAGAUCUCAUGCCUAUGAUAGGCGCCAGAUUUUACACUCAGGUUGAAGCUUUGGAGCGAAGAGCCGACGUAUUUGAGGAGCAAUUGGCCAGGGAGAUUGACAAUGGCCGGCUUCUGCGUAUUCUGGUCAAACUUGGAGUGGUUAAUGAACGGCCUGAGUUAAACCUGGAUGCAUCCUGGUCGGAGACCGGUGACCGCUACAUGCUAAAACUAUUCCGGGAUUACCUGUUCCACUCGGUGUCUGCAGAUGGGCGGCCGUGGCUCGAUCAAGCACACCUUGCCCACUGCCUCAACCAGCUUGACGGUGGCACCAACGCUAAGGUGGAGUUAAUGUCACGCGACGAGCAAAGUGUUCUAGUGGUGUCCUACGCCGAACUGAAGCAUUGCCUAGAACAAGCCUUCGACGAAGUUAUGCAAGCGGCCUCACCCGGGCCUUAG